AGUAGCACAGUAUCAAUGAGACAGAUAUAGCACUUCAGCCACUUUGGCAUUCUUCCUGGACUUACAGAACUGAUUCCUCUACUACUUGGAUAGGCAAUGGUUAUCGACAGAGGCUCAUGAUUUUCUUUGAAUAGUUCAAGGUAAAACAGCGCUGAGAUAUCAUUUUUUCUGAACUGCGAUUGUGUUUUGUGUUUUAAAGCAGCGGAUUGCCAAACUGGUGCAGCAAAUUUCCAGCAUACAUUUCCCCAGAAUAUGUCGUUGACCAACACAAAGACCGGCUUUUCUGUGAAGGACAUUUUGGACCUCCCUGACACGAAUGAUGAAGAAGGAUCUAUCACUGGACCGGAUGAAGAUAACGAGGGAUCGGAGACGAUAAAACCCACUGGAGUUUUGGUACAAAGUCCGCUAGAAAACGUUCAAAAUCUGCCUAUAAAGAACCGCUUUUAUGAUAGUAGUGACAAUCCGUACACAAGAUGGCUUGCCACCACAGACACUCUCCAAUAUUCACUGCAUGGUCUUUCAGCAAGUUCUCAAGACUCAGCCAAGUCCCCAGAACCCUCUGCGGACGAAUCGCCAGACAAUGACAAGGAAACGUCAAGCAACGGCAGCGACUCCGGUAAGAAGCGAAAAAGAAGAGUGCUGUUUUCCAAGGCACAGACGUACGAACUUGAGCGUCGGUUUAGGCAACAGAGAUACCUAUCCGCGCCAGAGAGAGAACACCUCGCGAGUUUGAUUCGCCUGACACCAACUCAAGUGAAAAUUUGGUUCCAGAAUCAUCGGUACAAAAUGAAGAGAGCGCGCGCUGAAAAAGGACUUGAAAUGUCUUGUAUAACAAGCACAAUCUUCUCAAGUAAGAUGGCCAUUGGAGACUACGCCAACAAUCAUGUUCCAAGAGAUGAGUAUGUAUGCCUUUCCCUAAAUGGAUUGUCUCACAUUCUUCACGAGAUGAACCUGAGAUGCGUCAGAUGCCAACAGUGUGAAUCGAUGCUUGGAUUUUCAGUUUGAUAAUGACUGACCAUCAUCUGUCACAGACAGACAGACACUCUUCAAUCAGAGAACAGUUUAACCAUGAUAACAAGAUACACAGCUUGGAUGGAAGCUCUGUGUAUAAUAUAACAACUCAAAACUAUUUCAAUGUUAAUGAGGAACUGACAGCGUUUUAACUACUUUGCAUAUAUAAAACAAACAGGUUUUUAUUUGACUCAACAUUGCAUUACGUACACUAAGGCAUUGUUGGCAGGUUCAUAUAAUUCACCAAUACAUUUCUUGGUAGUCCAAAACAUAUUGCUAUCAGGUUGUAAAUCACAGCUGGCCUCGUACAUUGUUUGCUGCCUCCAUUUGGAAUGUACUGUGUCAGUUUCAACGACUCAGUAUUUUGGACAAAAACGGAUGAAUGUUACUAAGGCUGGAUGUAUAGGUAUGCAUGUAUAGGCAGGCAAGCUGCAGAAGGAUAAGCAGUCUAUUCGACAUUGUUUAUUGGUGCAAUUUGAACACGUUUGAGUGGGUUUACCUAAUGUUCCUUUGUUAUAUUUUUAGCUCAUCUUGCUCUGGCUAUCAUUAGUUGUUCAUCGUGUUGCUGUUGAUGUAAAUAUAGGGAACGCCUACCUUUUUAUGGUUGUUUGAUCAAUAGGACUGUAAAGUUCCCAAAUGUAUAAGGACUCCUACAUAUUUGCAGAAAACCAUACAAGUGUAUUUUGUCGCUUUUGGCAAAUGCGUUCUAAUGCUCUAAAGUCGAGCUGUUGCAACUGCUUGUAAACACACAGUCCAGUUCAAAGUGGAUGAUGGCAGGCCCGUGUGGCAAAUGGCUUGUUUGCAUAUAGGCCUACUGUAUCUCUGAUUGGCUAUGGCGCACCGGUCUACGCAGACUCUGGUCCUGGGGGUGUAUAGGAACAGAUUUUAAUAAGAUUUAAUCUUGCUAAAGUGCUGUCAGUUCCACUUUAAGUCAUAGAUCUAAGUUUUGUAUUUUGUCUGGAAAGCGUUUAAAAUUCCUCAACCUUUUUAUGGGGGUCCCUGUAAAAGUCUAGUUUAUAUUGAUUGUAUUAUUUUAAUUACGCAUUUUUUUUAUCUGGUUGACAGUGGUGAAAUAAAAAUGUAUUUAUCUGUAUU